CGGCGCUGGGAUGGAGCCCCACAAUCAACAAGAGACCGAGCUCCAGCAGAUUUAUCACCGGUUGCUGAGUCCGCUGUCACUCUUCCCCCGCAGGGCGACGCCCCCAGAGCCUCCGAAGCGCCGCUCGCAGGAAGCCCCCACCCGGCUGCAGUCGGUGCAGCUGGCCAAGCUGAGGGUGGCACCGCUGUGUCGCCUGGUAGCCAAGCGGCUGGCUGGCUGCGCGCUGUCGGCGCGGGUCACUCCCGAGGACCGGCGCCAUCUCACCGAGGUCAUCCUGGACGAGCUGAAGUGCAGCUGGCGGGAUCCCCCUGCCGAACCGAGUCUGGACUAUGAAAACAACCAAAAGCUGCGGAAGCGGAUCGAGUCGUACGUGCUGACGUGCAGCGAACAGCUCUUCGUGCGCUACCUGCACCUGCUGGUGACCCUUCCGUCCUCUAGAGGGGUCUUCACCGAAGCGGCCACUCUCAACCGGCUGGCAGUUCACCUUGCCAGGGACUGCACAGUCUUCCUCACCGCUCCCGAAGUCUAUCGUUGCCUGCUGGCGGAUUUUCAGGCCCUGCUGAACUUAGAACAGACCGGUGGCCGAGUGUACAAGGCACGUCCAGUCUGUCCCACUGGGACUUUCAAACUCUGUCCCAUCCCCUGGCCUCACAGCACCGGCUUCUCCCAAGUGCCAUGCUCCAGCCUAAACCUGAACUACCUCAUCCAACUAAGCCGCCCACAAGACAUCUUCAGUGAGCCCGAACCGGAUCCAGUGACAGAAUUGAAAUCCAUUCCGGUGCUGAAGAGUAGAAAGCCUCUCCGUUGGCUGUCUUCCAUAAAAAAAGUCAAAGAAAUGGUGGCAUCCAGCCACCCUGGGAUUCCCACCAGCGCGAUUUCCCGCUUUCCUACUUCUGUCUACACCCAGCUACAGCGGGGUCAGUCCAUGCCCUGUCUGCGGGAGGGCUGGAAGCUGGCGGAUGAGUUGGACCUUCCUCCACUCCCCUCUCGUCCUCUGACCCCGCUGGUCUUGGCUGAACAGAGUAAACCAGAGUUGACUGGGUACACUGCGGCUGAGGAUCUGAAGAACAUAAAGAGUAUGAGAAUGGACUGGACUCACUACUCACCGCUGGACUCGGGCUUGCCUCCCCUCCUCGGGGUCCUGACCCGCCGCUUAGCUGCAGAGCAGCGCAUGGAAGACUUGCAGAAAAUGUUGAAGAAACUGCAGGAAGAAGAAGCCUCAGGGGAGUGGGACGUCCAGCCUCCCAAAUCUUCUCCACUUCACCCACAGCCAGUGACUACUACUUUCAAGCUAAGAAAUCAAGUUGCCGUUCAGGUAGCUGCUGUGAGACUCUCUGACAGAAACUUUUUGGACUCUUUCCAUGUUGAGGGGGCCGGAGUCCUAUACAACCACCUAACUGGUGAACUGGACCCCAGAGAUAUAAAAGAAAUGGAUAUUGAUUGUCAUGUUAGCAAUAGCACCAAGGAGGUCUACAAGGAGUUGAUGAGCAGGGUCUCUACUGACCACUUACGUUUUGACCAAGGACCUCUGGUUGAGCCUGCAGUAGACAAAGAUCUGUCAACCUUCUUGUCCUCAAGUUUACUUUAUCAGAGCAAUCAGAAUCAAGUCAUCAACCCUAAUCUAGCUGGAUUAUACUCCAGGAGGGCACACACUCAACAGUUCUACCCUGAGAAGUUGCCUUCUCUCUCAUCACUCCAACAGAGUAAAGGGGACAAACGGACAAACAUAGGGACAUGGAUGAGCUGGUGGAAGAGCAGUAUGUCUUUGGAUGACUACGUCAGUUUCCUCGCCACUCAGGAGACAGAUUUUCUCCAUGCUAUCUUCCAGAUGUGUGAAGAAGAGGCUCCUAUCGAGGUCUCGGUCCCUGUCAAAAAGUCUGUAGAAAUUCAGCGCCCUCCUCCCUUGCAGGAAAAUGAGGAGCCAGACUUUGUGCCAGGGGUGUGGGACUGGAGCUCGGGGGUAGAAAACAAGCAAGGAGCUGGAAAAAUCCACAUCCCAAGCCUACAGAAGCGUCUAGAACAACUGUGGUCCAUGUUGGAGGUCCCCGACAACAGCCGGCUGGACAUGGUUAUCAAGUACAGUUCCAAUGCCCGCCUGCAGCAGUUGCCGGCAUUGGUCAGGGCCUGGGAAAGAGCCCUGAAGCCCAUUCAGACACGGGAGUUGUGGUUAGGGAGACUGGAGUGGUUUGAGAGACAAGCCUCGGACCCCAACCGCUUCUUCCAAAAGCCCAGCACUGUCUUGAAUCGUCUACUGGAAGAGAGUACGUUCCGCAACUUUUUCCAUAAGAAGCUCAAUCUAAUGGAGUCUUCUCUGGUUUCCCUGCUGAAGAAGAUUGAGUUAGUCUUUGGGGAGCCAGUGACCUUCAAAGGGCGGCGCUACCUGGACAAGAUGAAACAGGAUAGAGUGGAGAUGCUCUAUUGGCUCCAACAGCAGCGGCGGGUUCGACACCUGACCCGAGCCCGAAAGACCUCGCAGAGAGUGUCCCUGUUCAAAAAGAGCAGCAGCAGCAGCACUUUAAUAGUUCCUGGGAAUAGUCCCAUUACCUUCUAA